UUCUAAUGAUGUCUAAUCCUUGCUCAUUUUCAGAGACCCCAUUUCGUCUUUUCAAGCACCGUAUCCAAAACACCAGAGUGAAUGGAGCCCAGGCUAGUGUUCCAAGGACGGCAUCUCCUCAGAUCACCCAGCUGAUCCUGAGCCUCGUGUCCCAGUGCAAACACAAAGGAGGGAUGACCAUGGCUGAGCUCAAACACACUCUGGCCUCAGAAGGGUAUGAUGUCGCCAAGAACAACAAGCAUGUGACGGUGAUGGCUAAACAACUGCUCGACAACGGCAAUCUGGUGCAACACAAACGCAAUAAGCUGUCUGAAACAACUCCUCAGAAGAUGACUCCGAUAAAGAAAGAUGCUCCGAAAGCGCUGUCAACAAAAACACUGCCUCAGCAAGCCAAGCCAAAGUCGAACACAGUUACAAGCAAAACCCCCCUCAAAAAACGGACACGAGCCAGAAGAACCCUUAAAACCACUUCACCGGAGAGCAAACGAUCGAAAAGCAUCAAGCGAGAAGUCAAAUCACAAACUGGGACGCAGAAGAGAAGAGCGAAGACCACCAAAGGGAGACCCAAACUAAAGGCCACCAAGAAACUCAGGGUAGUGUCAACGAAGAGGACAGUUAAAACGCCCAAAAGUCAAAACCCACGCAAGACCCAGAAAAGCGAAACAGCCAAGCCAAAACAUACAUCACAGGAAAGGUCAUCAGAAAAACAACUAAGCCAAGGACAACGUAAAGUUACAAGGAACGGGUGCUAUUAUUAGAGCUUCAGACAUCUAAUAAAUUUCCAUUUAUCUUUUUUAUUCAUGGAGAGCCCGAUGAGAGCACCAGACUGUCAAUAAUUACAGCUACUAAUUACAAUUACAGUAAUGUUAUGGGUUAAAAAAUUAUUUCUGAUUGAUAUGGGUUAUCGUCAUUCACAAAACAUAACUUGUAUUCAAUGACUAUUAGUCUAUUUUUCCUAAUAUUGCAAAGGAAUCCAUAUAAAUCAAAUGCUCACACCACUCAUUAAGAAAGUAUUAUUUUAUAUGUGAAAAGAAAUAAAAAUAGAUAUUGAUAUUAAUGGUGGCCAAUCACCAUUAUAGAAACACACUUGCAUUAGGAAAAAGUCCACUGUAUAGAUAUUUUAACACCAGUCCAGGAGUUGUAUUUUGUCAUAAGACUCCCCAUACUUCUUCAAAGGCUGAGCACAUCUUUGCACAGGUCAGUGCUGCAGACAGAGGGUAGUUACUGAUGGAAACUGUCUUUUCUGUGUAAUCCACGUUCACCUGGAAGAGAAAGAAACAACGGUGUAAAUAAGGUACAAGUGGCUAAAACAACAAUCAUAUCUAGAUGUGUUACAACUUUUUAAUGCAUAAAUCACUUUGUUUUGUUCUGUGUAUAGCACUAUAUGACACGCAUUCUUGUCAAUUUGGCACUGAAAAAAUAAUUUUAAUAAAAUGAAUUAACUAUGA